AUGGGGCAGAUAAGCCCCUUUCCACAGUGCGGCUGUCCUCCAACGGAUGGAGGGGAAGGCUCUCAUUGUGUAUCUCGGCUGCUGCGAUGCACGGCAUCAUCUGAACCCGCAUCUGCGCAGCCAGAAGCUCCUCGAUUGUCGUCUCCCACAGUGUUUGCCGAAGCAAGGUUGGAUGAAGACGACUCGCUUCCAACCAUGCAGGUCUUCGUCGAGCAGAUGGCCAGCGGAGUACGCCUCGUCUUGAGCUUGGACGGAGUUGGCCUCGACGUAGAUGCCAAGCUGGAUCGGGCCUGGGAGACUUUGACGCUGCUCUUCAAUGGUGUCGAAAAGACCAUCCUCCUAGGCAGUAUACGCCAGGUGUCCGUGUACAAGAACCCUGGCCCGUUUCGCAGAUUGGAGCAGUUGGAGGCAUCCCACGACUUUGAGCCUUGCUGGGCCGUACGACUGGAGUUAGAAGAUGAGCGGUUCUGCGAGUUCUGCUUCGUGUCUCGAAGCGACGCAAAGUAUUUCGGCGCCUGCCUCAACGUCCUCGUCGAGGCGGCCAAGCUGGCCCGGUUCAAUGCCGCAAAGGGAGAUGUGGCCUCCGCUGAGGAGGCGGAUGCCGCAGCAGGCGCUCUGACAACCCGCUCCGUGGCUCCUGGCCCCCCUCAUCCAGCAGCCGAACUGGCGCAGGAUCCGCAGGCCUUCAUGGCCGCCCUGACCCGCGCACUGGAGGAUGGCACAGAGUCCGCAGCACCAGAGUCUCUUGACGCAGAACUGCCAUCUGACAUCUCUCCGUGA